AUGGCAGAACCAGGUCCCAAUGUCGAGGAUCUUUACCUCGAAUCCUACGCUUUUACCACAGCCGCUGCCAUAGUAGGAUCAGUGGACAGAAAGAUAUUCGUGCUUAUGAGAGAUGGUCGUAAAUUGUUUGGCAUAUUGAGGACGUUUGACCAAUUUGCCAAUCUUGUACUUCAAGAUGCAGUUGAAAGAAUAUAUUUGAACGACGAAAACGACGACAAUCUGAGCCCACAAAGAUACUCAGAAGCUUACCGAGGGGUGUUUAUGAUUCGAGGAGAAAAUGUAGUUAUGAUGGGAGAGUUGGAUAUUGAUACCGAAGAUGACCAUUUAGAAAAGUUGCAAAAAAUUCCCUUCCCAGAAGCAGAAACAGAAUUAAAAGCCCGUCAGGCAGCUAAAAUCAAAACCGAAUUGGCCAAAUCUAAAACACUCCUUGCCAAGGGCCUCAUCAAUGACUUUGUCAAAUCCGACUUGUACUGA